AUGCCGCCGCCAGCAGAGCACAUUGGCAGCCCGACGAGCCCAAGACGGUCAGAAGACUUUCCACGGCCUCAGACUGGACAGAUGCCUCCCCAUGGCCGCUCCAUGUCCCUCGCCGACGUCGCACGCCAAGCCAAACGGCUCUCCCUCAACUUCCCCAUACAACCCGCCCCCGGCAGCCCUACACGAAGAUCGCGACCAGUGUCCUGGGUGGAAAGUCCUAUCCCGACUCCCGAUACCGCACAAUCACCGACACGAGAGGGCAACUUCCUCACCGCGCUUGCAGCGCAGGAGCGGCGGGUGCUGGAGCUCAAAGACGAGCUAAAACAAGCGGAGCAAGAGCUGGAGAAGCUUAAGAAACAGUGGGCGAACCACGAAGUCCUGCGGAAGCGCAAUGAUGUGCGGCGGGUGCAGCAACUGCAGCCCCUGAAUACUUCUUUCGCGAGUCUGGCCACUUUCCAUGAGGAUGUCGAUGGCUCGGACGCGUGGCUGCAGAAGGAGAUGGACAGGCGGAAAGCGCUGCUAUCCGGGGCGAAGACUUCGCAAAGGAAGGUCUUCAGUGGAUCGCGCCACACACGCGCCCUGUCUCUACUAUCGCCGGACAAGGAGUCCUUCGGCGCACCGACCUCGCAACCCGGCGAAGCCCGCAGACCAGAAGACCGCUUCAAAAGACCCAGCCUUCUCCCCCGGGCCUCAACAACGAGCGACCUCUCAACACACAUCGCCGACGCCCCCGCAGCCGAUCCCUUGGACAUGGGCGCAAUGCAGCGAGACGCCCUGCUACGUACCGGGAAGCAAAUGGCCUCAGAGUUCAAGGACGGGCUGUGGAUGUUCAUCGAAGACCUACGGCAAGCCACAAUCGGCGACGAGGCCGUGCAAGGCACACAGCCACGAGCCGGGCAAACCCCUCACGGCGGGCAGAGACAAGUGCCUCGACGGCAGAGCGACAAAACGGGCCUCAAAGGAGCCGCUCCAGCGCCCCCGCCAGUCCGUCGCACAACCAGCAGCAACGCAGCCGCCACAGCCAGAAACCCUUCUCCGACAAAGGCAAGCGCCGACACCUCCGCCCUCAUCGACAUCGGCGGCUCCUUCUGGAAAGAGCACGGCCUCGACGAGCCGCGCUCCAGCAAAGCGGUCAGAGUCAGCAAGCCGCCAAAGUCGCCGCAGAAACCUUCCCGAAUGCCCUUGCGUCAGCCUCCUCCAAGUCAGAGGACGCCGCAGAAAGCUGGCGAGGACGAGGACAGCUGGGAUGUCUGGGACACGCCGACCGAUAAGCCCACCACGGCAUCCAACAACAGCAGCAGUAACGAGUCCUCCGACGGCCGGGCGUCGCCGUCCUCGGGACAUAGCAGCAGCGGCUCGACGGAUGUCACGACGCCGGGCCCUGUGUCGGCGUCGGCGGGGCAGCACCCUGCUGUCGCGGCAGCGAAUCGGGAUUCGAUUCCGUGGCCGGCGCUUGUUAAGCUCAGUCCGAGUAAUCUGAAGCGCACGGCGAGCCAUUUGAUGAGUCAGUGGGAGAAUAGUUUGACGCCGCCGCCUGCUGAGGGGAGGGGGGAGGGGCGGGAUUAUCUGACGGGAUCGCCCUCCGUUGGGAAGGGCGGCAAGUGA